AUCUCUCUGUAUGCGCCUUUGGCUUUUCUGCCACCUGAAGCCCUGGAAACCUCACUUCGUCCCAGGAAAGGUGGUUCUGGCUUUGGCAGAAGGAGGCCAGGGCAGCCCUCCGGCCCUGCACUUUCCUGAGGCAGAGGUUCCACAGCCUAGGAAUGUGUCACCUGGACGGCAGCCUGUGCACCCUGAGACCGGGUCGCAGGGCCUCAGACUCCUAUCCAGAGGGGCUCAUCUCCGGGAGGAUGACCCAGCUGUCCCCGGCGCGGGAGCUGUUCCACGAGGUGACCCAGCAGGGGGCCCUGGCCCAGCCCCAGCCCCAGCCCUGGUGGAAGAUCCAGCUGUUCGUGUGGGAGCCGGUGCUGUUCGGGACCUGGGAUGGUGUGUUCACAUCCUGCAUGAUCAACAUUUUUGGGGUUGUCCUCUUCUUAAGAACCGGCUGGCUGGUGGGAAACACAGGCGUGCUCAUGGGCAUGCUUCUGGUGUCUUCUGUGGUCACCGUGGCCCUGGUCACCGUGCUGUCUGGCAUCGGCAUCGGGGAGCACAGCGGUAUGGGCAGCGGCGGCGUCUACUCCAUGAUCGCCUCCGUCCUUGGCGGGCAGAUGGGAGGCACCAUCGGGCUGCUGUAUGUGUUUGGACAGUGUGUUGCAGGCGCCAUGUACAUCACCGGCUUUGCAGAAUCCAUCUCUGAUUUGCUGGGCCUCAGGGACAUCUGGACUGUGCGAGGAAUCUCAGUUGCGGUGCUCGCGGCCUUGCUGGGCAUUAAUCUGGCAGGUGUCAAAUGGAUAAUUCGCCUCCAGCUGCUGCUGCUGUUUCUCCUGGCUGUGUCCACACUAGACUUUGUGGUGGGUUCGUUCAGCCACCUGGACCCAGAGCAUGGCUUUAUUGGGUAUUCACCAGAACUACUGUGGAACAACACAUUCCCAGACUACAGCCCCGGGGAGUCUUUCUUCACUGUGUUUGGGGUGUUCUUCCCAGCAGCAACAGGAGUCAUGGCAGGCUUCAACAUGGGAGGCGACCUCCGGGAGCCCUCGGACAGCAUCCCCCUGGGCUCCCUGGCAGCAGUGGGCAUCUCGUGGUUCCUGUACAUCAUCUUUACCUUCCUCCUGGGCGCCAUCUGCACCCGAGAGGCCCUGCGCUACGACUUCCUCAUAGCCGAAAAGGUGUCCCUGGUGGGCUUCCUGUUCCUCUUGGGCUUGUACAUCUCCUCCCUGGCCUCCUGCAUGGGGGGACUCUACGGGGCUCCCCGGAUCCUGCAGUGCAUUGCCCAGGAGAAGGUGAUCCCUGCACUUGCCUGCCUGGGGAAAGGGAAAGGACCAAACAAAACCCCUGUAGCAGCCAUCUGCCUGACCAGCGUGGUGACCAUGGCUUUUGUUCUCGUGGGGCAAGUGAACAUCUUGGCGCCCAUCGUCACCAUCAGCUUCAUGCUGACCUAUGUCGCGGUGGACUACUCCUACUUCUCCUUGUCCAUGGUUCCCUGCGCCGUUCCCCAAGUGCCUGAACCAGUGCUGAGGGAGGACUCGCAAGCUGGCCAUUGCUCAGAGCACCUGCUCUUAGACAAGGCUCCUAGCUACGGCUCUGAGGGCACUGCCCAAAGCUUCUCUGAAGGUACUCUGCUGGAAUUCACCAAGGACAUGGAUCAGCUCCUCCAGCUCACCAGGAAGCUUGACAGUGGCCACCCAAGACCAGGAGAAGGUGACAGAAUCUCAGAGAAUCAGAAGAGAAAGUGCAGGAAGGCCACCAAGCAAGCCCUACAGGAUAGCUUCCUCUUGGACCUCAACUCCCCUAAUUCUUUGCCUUCUGAGGGGCCUGAGGUGUUGCCCACUGCCUCCUGGGAAGGGGAGGGCUACCAGGACAAGUGGACCUCCAGGAGUGAGGAUACUUGGCCUGAAGUGGCACACAGAGAACUUGUCCCCGAGCUCGGGGGCCACCACAGGGUGAGCGGAGAAGAUUUCUUCCUGAAGUCCAAACUCCAGGAACAAGAGAUUCAGAGAAGAUCAACUUCUUUCUACACCCACAUGUGUAACCCCUGGGUCUCCCUGCUAGGGGCGGCUGGGUCCCUUCUCAUCAUGCUUGUGACCCAGUGGAUUUACACCCUCGUUAGCAUGAGUGCAGCCGCUGUCUUGUAUUUCUACAUUGGCCGGGCCAGUCCGGGGCUCCACCUUGGAUCAGCCUCCAACUUCAGCUUUUUCCGAUGGAUGAGGUCUCUUCUGAUUCCCUCCUGCAGCCUGCAGUCCCCCCAGGAGCAGAUCAUUUUGGCGCCAUCCCUAGCGAGGGUUGACAUGGCAAUGACUCAGCUCACCCAAGAGAACGCGGACUUUGCCACUCGGGAUCGCUACCACCACUCCUCCCUUGUGAGUCGGGAACAGCUGAUGCCUCCAUACUAGAAGCUGGGCUGGGACUGUGCUUUCUAGGAGCUGCCCUGGGCAUGGUGGACCCACAUCUCAGAACCGCUGAGGAGCUGCUUCUCCCCAACAAGAAACUCCACAGUGUGGCCUCCUACAGCCACUUUUGUGAGUGCGUUCUGGCCUGAAGCACCUUGUGUAACCCAAGGGAGGGUUUGGAGUAGGGGUGGCCUCUGGAACAUGACACCCAACGUGCAGAGCUGCCCUGGAAUUCCAGGAUGAUCAACAGAAGUGGAAACUCACACUCAAUGGCUUGGUCUAAGCAUCACAAUAAAGCUUAUUUUUAAUUGUG